ACCACUGGGUAGAAAAAAAGAAAUCGCACUGGGGAUCUACCAGCAUUCUUUAUGGUACAGAGACUCACAAUAUGGGUAAAAUGGAGAGGAAAAAUGGGGAACUUGCAGGUAUCACCAUAGGAAUCAUGCUUCUGAGAUGCCUUGCUGUACCUCUGGACAAUUCUGAAUUUAUAAACCAGCAACUCCAGCUCUCCCUCUGGAGAUAGAGAACGAGAGUUCAUUGCUAAUGCCACCUUCUACCUCUGUUCCCACAGAUCACACUGGUGAAGUGAAUGGCUAUGAAAAAUGACUGUUCAGUGAUUGAGUUUAUCCUUAUGGGGUUAACAGAGCAAACUGAGCUCCAGCUGCCCCUGUUUUUUCUGUUGUUGGUGAACUAUGUGGUCACUGUGAUGGGGAAUUUAAUCUCAAUUAGUCUGAUUUGCCUGAAUUCUCAUCUUCACACCCCCAUGUACUUUUUCCUAUUCAAUAUGUCUUUCAUUGACCUCUGUUAUUCACUUGUCUUUACUCCCAAAAUGCUGAUGAGCUUUAUUUCAGAGAGGAAUAUUAUCUCCUUUGCAGGAUGCAUGACUCAGCUAUUUUUCUUCUGCUUCUUUGUUAACUCUGAGUGUUAUGUGUUGACAGCCAUGGCCUAUGAUCGCUACCAGGCUAUCUGUAAGCCAUUGAUGUACAUGGUCACCAUGUCCCCUAAGGUGUGUUCCCUGUUGAUGUGUGAUUCUUACACGGUCAGGUUUGCUUGUGCCAUGGUGUGCGUUGGGUGUAUGAUCAGGUUGAUCUUUUGUGACUCCAACAUCAUCAACCAUUACAUUUGUGACAUCUUCCCCCUCCUCCAGCUCUCCUGCAGCAGCACUUAUGUGAAUCAGCUUGUGGUUUCCAUUGGUGUAAGCACAGUUGUCAUAACAUCUAGCCUCAGUAUCUUUCUCUCUUAUGCUUUAAUUCUUUUCAAUGUCCUCCCCAUGUCAGUAUCUAAGGGUUGGUCCAAAGCCUUCAGCACCUGCGGCUCCCACAUAAUAACUGUUGAUCUAUUCUAUGGAUUUGGAAUGCUCACUCAUGUCAAGCCAUCAUCUUCUGGGUCUGUGGAACAGGGAAAAUUUUUCUCAGUGUUUUAUACCAAUGUGGUACCCAUACUGAAUCCCCUCAUCUAUAGCCUCAGAAACAAGGAUGUCAAACUUGCUCUAAAAUGA